ACCCAAAGGGCACCCUGGGAGACUGAGUCUCGUGAGGCCGCCCCCCGGCAUUGAGUGGGGGAAUUUUCAGGAUCUGGGGCUGACCCACAAGUUGUGAGCCGCCCAGACGCCCCCGUACGGGUUCAGCUUCUCUUACAAACAGUUCGGAGGAGACACUGCAGCUGGUUCCAUUUAACAGCUGAGAAAAGCCAAGCCAGGGCGAACUGCUCUCUAACUGCAUUCGCGGCCGACCCUGAGAUUGUCUGGGCCAUGGCGGAACUCACAGUUACUGGCUACCAACAAGCCCACUAGGCCUGCGGUGCUAGACGACAGUUCCCAUACGCCCCCACGUUCCCACUGUGCUCUCAAUCCCGGAAGCGGAACUGCCUGCGCAUGAAGGGCGGGACCAGUAUGGCCUGCUAUUGGCCGCGGCGGCUCUGCAAAGAUCUCUCCUGCAGCGCGCUGAUUGGCUACGGAACGUCAACUCCCAGUGUUUGAAUCUGGGGCGGGCGUAGCGGACGACGUUCGCGGACUGCGAGAGCAGGGCUUGUUGGGAUUUCUUUGGUUUGGUUUCUCCAACUGGUUUUUCUAGCGCGGAGCAGGUACGGCUUUCCUCCCUUGCAGUGGGCGUCCGCGCGGGCCCAGGGCUCGGCAGCCGUAGGCAGAAUGAGUCUGCGUAUCUUAAACGACGAAAAUGUGCCCAAUGAGAAGAGUUCAGAAAGCCGUGACUUCCUGUUUUCGCCACCAGAACUUACCGGAAGAUCCUCUGUUCUUCGUCUGUCACAGAAAGAAAAUGUACCACCCAAGAACCAGGCUAAAGCCACAAAGGUGACUUUUCAGACACCUCUUCGGGAUCCACAGACACACAGGAUCUUAAGUCCUAAUAUGACCAGCAAGCUUGAGGCUCCUUUUGCUCUGGAUGACAAUAUUGGAUCACAAAAUGACCACUGUGUCUUCUUACAGAAAGAGAACCAGCUGCCUAUAGCCCCAGUGGAUGAUGCACCUUUGGUUCAGAUGGCAGCAGAGACCCUAAGAGCAGAAGUGGAGCUACAGGAGGCAAUCUUGAAUUCCUCGAGCCUUUCAGCUUUCACAAGUUUUCUGGACAGUGAGCUGGUGACCACUCCUAUCGAGCCAGUACUGGAGCCUUCCCAUCAGGGACCAGAGCCUAUCUUGGACGGUGAGCUGGUGACCACUCCUAUCAAGCCAGUGCCGGAGCCUUCCCAUCAGGAGCCAGAACCUAUCUUGGACGGUGAGCUGGUGACCACUCCUAUUGAGCCAGUGCUGGAGCCUUCCCAUCAGGGACCAGAGCCUAUCUUGGAUGGUGAGCUGGUGACCACUCCUAUCAAGCCAGUGCUGGAGCCUUCCCAUCAGGAGCCAGAACCUAUCUUGGACGGUGAGCUGGUGACCACUCCUAUUGAGCCAGUGCUGGAGCCUUCCCAUCAGGAGCCAGAACCUAUCUUGGACAGUGAGUCAUUGGCCCCUUCUAUUGAGCCAGUGCUGGAGCCUUCCCAUCAGGGACCAGAGCCUAUCUUGGACAGUGAGCAAGUGACCACUCCUAUUGAGCCAGUGCCGGAGCCUUCCCAUCAGGGACCAGAACCUAUCUUGAACAGUGAGCAAGUGACCCCUCCUAUUGAGCCAGUGCUGGAGCCUUCCCAUCAGGGACUAGAACCUGUCUUGGACCCAAAGGAAGAGAUCUUCAGAGACCCAGCAGAAGUUCUAGGUACUGGCGCUGAAGUGGAUUAUCUGGAGCAGUUUGGAACUUCCUCGUUUAAGGAGUCUGCCUGGAGGAAGCAGUCUUUGUACUUGAAAUUUGACCCCCUUCUGAAAGAGAGCCCUUUGCGUCCAAUGCCGGUGGUCCCAUUGACAAAUAGUACACAGGAUACAGAGGAGUCUGGCUCUGGAAACCCAGUAGAAGCCAAGCUUGUCGACUUGGAUUUCUUGGGAGGUCUGGAUGUUCCUGUAUCAGCCCCAUCCCUGUGUGUCCUUGAGCCUAGAGGUCUCCUUCCUACUGAGCCUAUUGUGGAUAUGCUGAAAUACAGCCAGAAAGACAUGGAUGAAGUGGUGAAUAUGUUGCAGCAGAAGAACUUGGAGCUGAAAAGCGAGAAUGCAGACCUCACCACGAAGUAUUUGGAGAUGGGGAAGAUCGUUGAUGGGUUUGAGAAGAUAGUAUACAAAUCAAUGGAGGAGGCUGAGAAACAGAAGGAACUAGCUGAAGACAAAAUCCAAAAGGUUUUAAAAGAGAGAGACCAACUUUAUGCAGACCUGAACUCCAUGGAGAAGUCCUUCUCUGACCUUUUCAAGCGGUUUGAGAAGCAGAAGGAAGUGAUUGAAGGCUACCAGAAGAAUGAAGAUUCACUGAAGAAGUGUGUUGAGGAAUACAUAGUGAAGAUUGGAGAAAAAGACCAGAGGUACCAGGCGCUAAAGGCCCAUGCAGAAGAAAAGAUCAGGCUGGCAAAUGAGGAGAUUGCCCAAGUACGCAGCAAAGCCCAAGCAGAGGCGCUGGCUUUCCAGGCAAGCCUGAGGAAGGCUCAAAUGCAGAUCCACUCACUGGAGAAGACUGUGGAGCAGAAGACUAAAGAAAAUGAUGAGCUGACCAGGAUCUGUGAUGACCUCAUCUCUAAGAUGGAGAAGAUCUGACCACAGCCAACUAUCACCAGCCCUCUUCUGUCUGCCCAUUUCCUUGUUCGUCUGAUUUCUCUCUUAUGUGUGGUUUAUUUAACCUCUAUUCAUUUCUAAGUUUCAUUACUUUGAAAAGACUAAAGUUUAAUUUCAAGCUCAAAGUCAGCCCAGGUCCUGUUGUUUAUAACAGGCUCAAUUGCCUCUUUUUCCAGGUCAUUCAGCUUACUUGAGUUUCUCUGCGAUCCUUAUAUACAGUGGUUCUCAGCCUUCCUAAUGCUGGGACCCUUUAAUACACUUCCUCAUGCUGUAGUAACCUUCAGCCACAAAAUUUUCAUUGCUAUUUCAUAAUUAUAGUUUUGCU